AUGGCCAGACUACUCUGGUUACUGCUUCCCUUUGUCGGGAGCAGUCUUGCAAAAGAAGGUUCCGUUGCCCAUUCUCUCGUUAAUUCUGCCUCUGGCCAUUCCACUCUUUCCACUGCAUCUUCCCUUCCUGUCACUCUUUUGGACGAUCUCAAUAAGAGAGAUGCUCGUUCUUCUCCUUUCACGCCCCAAAUCAACCCACUUGUUCGACGAUCGUCGGCAUGUAAACCUAGGAAACUUCCCCAGGGUGGCACUGUGAUCGUCGGCUCGUCGAUCGCGACAACCCACUCAACAACAACGACGACUGAGCUUAUUGGCCUCACUACGUCGCUGACUGGAUCUAUUGCUUCUGAAUCGUCUGGAAAUCCCGUGGACUUGACCUCAAGUGGAACCUUGAUCUCCAGUGCUGCGACUUCUAUUGAGACAUCGGCGGCCACCAUCGGUAAUGUAGAUGCGAAUACAGCUAGUGGAUCAUCUUCUGAGGUCUCGUUGAGUACUGAGACAACAACUGGACCUGGAUCGUUUAUAUCGGCAACUCUCUCGGAGUCUAGUCUCGCUUCAGCCACUGGUGACAGUGCAUCGGCCCCGACAACAGAGACCAGCCUGGGCAUCUCUGAGGAGGGUACAACCACAACAGCCUUGUCCAUUGACGAUUCGACUACCACUGUUGCUGAUAGUACCAUUGCUGCUGAUACUACUCCUGCCGUCGCAACUGAAUCAGAGUCAUUGUCCCUUGGGUCGACCACAGCAUCGCCGGGUCUUCCAAUCGAUACAACGUCUUUUGAGUUCAGUGCCAAAGAGGCAUCUUCGGAAGCAAGCGACACUUUCACAUCUUCUCCGGAGAGCCAAUCUUCUGAGACUUCACUUUCCUUGACCGAAUUUCCUUCUUCAUCUACAAUCGCUUCAUCAGACCCAGCAACUACAUCAGAGAGUGCUGUUCCAACAUCGACUGACUCUCCUUUAGUGCUCACAGUAGCCGCCGACGGCAGUGGAGAUUACACAGCCAUCAACGAUGCCAUCAAGGCUGCCCAAACCAGCGGUUACCCUACUGUUACUGUGCUCGCCGGUACAUACACCGAGAACGUUGUUAUCGCAGCCACACCUACUGUCACUAUUGUCGGCGAGGCAUCCAAGAAGCGCGAUGGUUCCUCGGCUGUGAUUGUCGACAAUGGCGGUAACUCCGACCCUGCCCUCUCAUUCAGCACCGCCUCCGCCGACGGCAUUACAUGGAGGGGCAUCAAGUUCUUGAACUCUCUGGCUGAUAACUCAGUUGGCGCUGUGUUCCUCCGCGGUUCAAAGAAUGCCUUUUAUAAUUGUGAAAUCGUCUCUGCUGGUAUCGCCGCUAUCACUGGCAGUUAUGCAUCCGGUAUCAUCGCCAACUCCUACCUGGAGGCUCAAGACAAGGUCAUCUACAAUUACCCUUCCCUCUACGUAUACGGAACCACAAUCACAGCGACCAAGUCCAACGGACUUCUCGUGUAUAACAAGGGCGGUUUAUCUGGAACUACCUUGUACAACUCAACCGUCGUACUUGACACUUGCCAAGUUGUCAAGAAGAGCGGAGCCACCAACACUCGCGUUUUCCUCGCCGCAGGAAAUGGCGAUGGCUCUGUGGUUGUCUACCGCGAUUCAAGCUUUGCUUCGGGUUUCCUGGCUUCCUCUGGUGUCUAUGUUGACUCCAAGACACAGUCUCCUUUGAACCGCUAUGUCGAGUUUGGCACGACCGGUGAUGUGACGGAUCGUUCCAAAUACGUUACUUUAAUCACGGACCCCAAGGAUCUAUCUGACUAUGAAGUCUCCGCGCUCUUCAAGAGUGCCUAUCCCAGUGUGGCUGUAUCGUCAGUCGAUUGGAUUGACGCUUCUGUCUUGAGUUCCAUCAAGGCCAGCAACGCCAAGGACUUUAAGGAAGACACAACUACAACCACUGCCGCUCCAAGCGACGCUUCUUCAACCGAGUCCACUUCUACAUCUACCACUGAUGUAUUAUCUGCCGCAUCGUCGGGUACUUCAUUGAUCACUUCUUCAGGCGUUUCUUCCGCCCCUGCUUCGGACCCAACCACCGCUGAGGCAGAAGAUGCUACGACAUCUGCAGAACCUACACAAUCAUCCUGUGCUCUACCCUCUGCAGUGCCUAGCACAGCCUUUGUUGUGGGUCCCAAGUCUAACCCAUGCGCUUCUUAUGACACAAUUGCUUCUGCUGUGGCUCAGCUCCCCAAUGAUGCGACUUCCCAGUACAUCUACAUCCUAGCGGGCACGUACCAGGAGAAGGUGACAAUCCAGCGAGUUGGCGCCACUGUUGUUCGUGGUCAGACCAGCGAUGGCUCUUCGGCCAAGAACAACAAGGUCACCAUCAGCUCUAGCAGCGGUGUUCUGUCAAGCAGUGGCGGAUCCUCGGGAACAGCUACAUUCUCUGCUAGCAAGUAUGAGACCAAGCUUGUCUCCUUCUACAACAUCAACUUCGAGAACGCAUUCGAAGCCGCGACCAACAAUGUUGCCCUAGCUGUCUAUGCUAAAGGCAAGGUGGCCUUCUACGGCUGCGACAUCAAUUCGUCACAAGGAACUCUCUACCUUGAUUAUGGUAGCUUCUUUGCUAGUCAUUCAAUCCUGCGGGGAACCACUGACUUCCUUUGGGGUCAGGGAGCUGGUUAUGUCUACAACUCUGUCAUUGUCUCUAAAGGGACGACGACAGGUCAGGCCAUCGCUGCUCACAAAUUCCAGGGUCAAUUCGGAGGUUCGCAAUUUGUGUUUGACCUAUGUGCCGUUGUGCCUGAGACCAACUCUGUACCUGAAGGCAGCACAUUCCUCGGUCGUGACUACAGCACAAAGUCCAAUGUUGCAUUUGUCAACUCUUUUCUCGAUGCUCAUGUAGCCUCCUCGGGAUGGAAGGUCUCUUCUCCUUCAACCUUUUCUGGCACAUUCACUGAAGGAAACAACACUGGGCCCGGAUGGGAUUCUUCAUCUCGUAUCUCUGCCGUCACUGUUGUGGACGACACUUCUUCGUUUAGUGCUGCUGCUAUCCUGGGAGGAGAUUCUUGGAUCGACAAGGCUGCCAUAGUGCCUUUUCAAGGAUGGCCCGACUCCAAGUAUGCCAAGGACACGGCCACUACUUCAGCUGCUGCCACUGCCACUGCCUCCGCUACUUCUAGUGCGACAGCUGGUGGAUCUACCUUGACUGUCGCCCCCUCCCCCACAGGAGAUCAGUUCAAGACUGUGGCAUCUGCCCUUGCGGCUAUUCCUGAUGAUGGCGAGGACUACACCGUCUUCAUCAAGGCUGGUUCCUACAAUGAGCAGCUCAACCUCAACAGAAACCGAGGACGAGUAACUCUUCGUGGCGAAACCAGCUUUGAGAACGAUUUCACCCAAAACCAGGUCCUCAUCUGGUUCAAAUUGGGCUAUGGCACCGGGGAGUCACGAAACGAGGAGACUCCUGUACUCUUCUGGAAGACAACAUCAUCAUCAGCUGGACUCUCGCUGUACAAUCUCAACUUCACCAACACUUACCCACAAACCCGUGACACGGCAGCUCUUGCGGCAGACUUCUUUGGCAACAACAUGGCCGCAUACGGUUGUGCAUUCUCUGGCUAUCAGGAUUCCGUCCUUGUUAACCAAGGCGUGCAAGUGUUUUCCAACAGCUAUCUCGAGGGCUCAGUGGACUUCAUUUGGGGUUACAGCAAGGCCUACUUCCACCAGUGUUACAUUGCGUCCAACGCCCCCAAUGCCUAUAUCACCGCACAGAACCGCAAGUCUUCGUCAUGGGCUGGCGGCUUCAUUUUUGACACCUGCAAGGUGACGUACACUGAUAGUUAUGGUUCCAGCUUUGGUACAACAUCUCUUGGUCGUCCUUGGUCUCAAUAUGCUCUGGUUGUGUAUAUGAACUCAUUUCUAGACAAGCACAUCUCUAAAACCGGAUGGUCAACUUGGUCUACAAGCAGCCCCCAGAUCUCUGACGUGCUCUUUGGGGAGUUUAACAACGUGGGCCCCGGCAACUGGACCUCUUCCCGCGCUAGUUUCGCGACAAAGCUCACAGAAUCCCAAGCUGUGGCAUACAGUUUGGGAUCCUUCAUUGGUAGCACAAGUUGGCUUGACAUGAAGGCGUACAAUCUUGUGCCUAGUUACACGAUUGGCGACUCUAGCGCAACUGAACCCGAGCCUGAAGUUGCGUGGCCAUCUCAUCCUUCCGACGGAACGACACCCCCCAAGAACGCUGUUCUUGUGUCUGUUGACGGAGAGAAGUCGGGCUCAUACUCAAGCCUCACUGACGCACUCAAGAGUCUUCCCAAAGACUCCACUUCUCAAGUCAUCUUCGUCUACCCCGGUACAUACGAGGAGCAGGUUCCGUCCAUCAACCGACCUGGUCCUGUCACCAUCAUCGGGUACACUGAGUCUGAGCCCGGAAAGACGUACGCCAGCAACCAAGUCACCAUCACUCAAGCCAAGGGGCUCUCAGUUUCUGGUACAAUUCCUGCGGGUCGCAACAACGCGGACACAGCCACCAUUGCAACAGCCAGUACCAAGAUCGCUUUUUACAACGUCAAGUUCAUCAACACGGAUAACCUGGACGGUGCGACGCCCAGCUAUGUUACUCUCGCUGCCAGCGUCUAUGGCGACAAGAUUGGCUUCUACGGAUGUUCUUUCUUUGGAUGGCAGGAUACUUUACUCACGGGAGCCACAGUGGGUUAUCAGUACUACGAAAGUAGUUAUAUCGAGGGAGCGAUUGACUUUGUCUGGGGUUACAGCAAGUCUUAUUUCAAGGGUUGUACCCUUGCUGCAAAACGUGCCAAGUCGGCGAUCACCGCACAGAGCCGCAAGGACGCCAAUGCGAUCGGCGGCUACAUCUUUGACCAGUGCCUUUUCACAGAGGCUGCUUCAGCCACGUCAGACUUGGCAGGCCAGGUCUAUCUCGGCCGUCCCUACAGUGCUUAUGCUCUUGUGGUGAUCAAGAACAGUUACUUGGAUUCCACAAUUCAGCCUGCUGGAUGGAAGAUCUGGUCUGCGACUGACCCUCGUACUGAUCACGUUACCUUUGCGGAGUAUGCAAAUGAGGGGCCAGGAAGCUGGGAGAAGAACUCGGCGGCGCGUGAGGCUUUUGGCUUCGCUACUCUCCUCACCAAGGAUGACUACUCUCUCGAGUCUGUCAUGGACAGCACUGACUGGAUUGACAAGACUUACUGGGACUCGAUCGUGACACCAAAGCCCAGCACGCCAGUCGUUCCUGUACCUGAUCCCAACGCAGUCUACAGCGGAAAGACCCCGCCUCCCGGUGCCUACAUUGUGUCUAAGGAAGCUAUCGAUGGAGUUACGACUUACAGCACGAUCCAAGCUGCGAUCGAUGCUCUUCCCGUCUCGAACAAGGUCACCCCGACUGUCUUUAUUUACCCUGGUACAUACAAGGAGCAGAUCAUUCUGAGCAGAUCUGGAACGACCUUCUUCAUUGGAUAUUCCGAGUCUCCAGAUGACUACAGCAAGAACCAGGUAACCAUCACGUACGACAAAGGCAUCGACACGCAGGCGGACGCGUCAAACUCUGACUCGGCUACCUUCUAUGCAACCGGAAACUAUUUCCAGGCUGUCAACAUCAACUUCAAAAACACCUUCGGCACAGCAACCAACUACGCCAGUCUCGGAUUUGCGGUCAAGAGCAGCAAGUUUGCUUCUCUCUAUGGUUGCCAGGUAUACGGAAACCAGGAUGCUCUCUUGGUCAAUGGCAACCUUUUCGCUUACAACUCAAUCAUCACGGGAAACAUUGACAUGAUCUGGGGUUCUGGAGCAGGAUAUUUUCUAAAGUCUAGGAUCGCACCCAAUGCGGACAAGAUUGCAUUGACAGCGAACAAGAAGGGAACUAACGCCGGCCCUAACGGCUUCGUCUUUGAUCAAUGCACGGUCGCGCCCGCAGACGGAGCGUCCUUCUCGACUAUCUAUCUCGGCCGGCCGUGGGAUCAAUGGGCGCGCGUUGCCUAUAUCCAGUCGGAACUCAGUGCCUCUAUAGCCGCUGUCGGCUGGACUGCAUGGACCAAGUCAGAUCCUAGAACCGGAAAUGUUAUUUUUGGCGAAUUCGACAACUCUGGACCGGGAGCCUCAACCGGUGGCCGUGCUUCCUUCGCUAAACAGCUGUCGAACGACGGGGUUGCGCAAUUCCAAUUAGGAACGUUCUUUCCUUCGACGAGCUGGAUUAACAUGACUCUCGUACACGCGUCGCCUUUCGAUGCAGCUGUCGCCGCCACCCAGACAGUCGGUUCGACAACUGUCUACACUACUCAGACGGUCACAUCGUCCCAGACUCUGUUCACUACUACCACCGGCGCCGAUGUGACUAUCACUGAGAAGUCUACAUUCACUGAAGACAUUGGAACGACUAUCACACCUGAUCCUACGACCAAGACCUCGAUUGAGAAGACUACUGUCACCGAAGUGGCCCUAGUAACACAACCCGACAAGGUUGUCACGGUCAAGUCCACCGAGAUUGUGGAUGUUGGCAAGACCAUCACGCCUGUCGCCGUUACAUCAACCUCCACCCAAAUCGUUGAUGCAACGGUUACUUCCUGGGUCACAUCAUCCGCCAAGGCUGUCACCGCAACUUUAACGACUACAGCUGUUACGGUCACGCCCAAACCGGUUACUGAGAAGGUCGUCGAGCGAACUACAGUUGUUGUCAGCAAGACCACGACCCCCAAGGGCCUCACCGUUAAGGGUACGACGACUGUGACAGUUGGCACUGGUGGUGUCACCACGACAUCCUUGAAGGCGACCACUGUCGUGUCUACCGUAGUAACAACGUCUACAAAGACUGUCAGCAAGACUACUACUCUCAAGUGCAUACCCACACAGAACAAGCGGGACUUGGAGACAGAAUCAACAGUUAUCAAGCCUCGAUCUGCCGUCGUUUUUGGAAAUCCCUCUGUCAAUCUCCUCUCUAGUCUAACUCGUCGUGAACUUGAUCUCGGAUCAAUCAACCUUGAAGCACGCGCAGCCGGUCUUUCAACAGUUACUGUCACUCUUUUCACUACAUUCACUACCAACGUCAAGACUUCCACAAUGGCCGUUCCCGCUAGCACUUCCACGACUCAGGUCAUCACCACAAAGACAAUUGGAAAGAAGAGCACUCUCAGACCAGUCACUGUCAUUGACGUCUCUACUUCCCUCGCAACAAAAUACGCCACUUCCACCAUCCCUGCAUCAACAUCAACAACAACAGUUGUCUCCACCAAGGAAAGUGGCAAGACCUCAACCCUCAAAGCCGCUACGACAACUGUUGUCGUGACUUCUACUUCUCAUGUCACAAGCAAGAGGACCUCCACCAUUCCCGCAAGCACAGUCACUAUCCUGAAGACCCUCACCACGACACUACCCACCGGAACUGUCAAGGUCACCACAACAAGCACUGUUAAGCAGACAUCUGCUGUGACUCUGGAUCCAAAUGUUGUCACAAACUGGACGACUGUCAAGUCUACAGUGAGGCCCUCUAGCACAGCGACUCUGAGGAACACUGUUUUCAAGACCAGCACAUCGGUGGUCAGGGAGACAAAGACUAACUGGGCGACAAAGACCAGCCGGGGAGCGGCUGUUUGCACUGCCUAA